AGAGAGAGAGAGAGAGAGAGAGAGAGAGAGAGAGACCUUCACCCUGUAAUCCUCUGGUGCCGUUCAAUACUGAACUAGAGUUGUAAUCAAAAAAAUUAGGGGUCUGCGCUUGCGCGGGCGCGGGCGCGGGCGCGGGCUCGCUCGCCGGCCGUCCUGUGGGCCGGCGCCGGGGGCCAUGGGAAAUGCACUUAUCAAAAUUGACUUCAGAAGAGAGAAGGCUAACGAUGGAAAACACUGGGAAAGUGACCAGAAAGCUGUCCUCGGUGCCAGGCCCAGUUGAUGUCACAGGCUUCCCCAGAGAGGAGCGGCUGGAAGCACCAUGAUGGGCUCGGAAGCUCAUGACAAGAGGCCUCCGAUGUUGACCUCAUCAAACCAGGACUUGUCACCUCACCUCGCUGACAUGGGUCAAAUAAAGCAUUACUUCUGUGGCUGCUGCGCCGCUUUCACCAACGUGGCCAUCACGUACCCCGUUCAGAAGAUCCUCUUCCGGCAGCAGCUGUACGGCAUCAAAACCCGGGACGCCAUCCUGCAGUUGAGGAAGGAUGGGUUCCGCAACUUGUACCGGGGAAUCCUCCCCCCACUGAUGCAGAAGACGACCACGCUGGCGCUUAUGUUUGGUCUGUAUGAGGACCUGUCGCGCCUGCUCCGCAAGCACGUGAGCAACGCUCCUGAGUUUGCCACGCGAAGUGUGGCUGCGCUGCUUGCCGGGACAACAGAAGCCAUUCUCACUCCAUUGGAAAGGGUUCAGACUUUGCUUCAGGACCACAAGCAUCACGAUAAGUUCACAAACACUUACCAGGCCUUCCGGGCGCUCAGAUGCCAUGGGGUUGCAGAGUAUUACCGAGGCUUGGUCCCCAUCCUUUUCCGAAAUGGGUUCAGCAAUAUCCUUUUUUUUGGCCUUCGAGGGCCCAUUAAGGAGCAUCUGCCUACUGCCACUACACAGAGUGCACAUCUGGUCAACGACUUCAUCUGUGGAGGUGUGCUCGGAGCCAUGCUGGGCUUCUUAAGCUUCCCCAUUAAUGUUGUAAAAGCUCGAAUACAGUCUCAGAUUGGUGGGCCGUUCCAGUCUCUUCCCAUGGUUUUCAAGACAAUCUGGAUAGAACGGGACAGGAAACUGAUCAAUCUUUUCAGAGGUGCACAUCUGAAUCACCACCGCUCGCUCAUCUCCUGGGGAAUAAUCAAUGCAACUUAUGAGUUUUUGUUAAAGAUUGUGUGAUAAGGUCACUACCUGAGAUGUUAUUCUCAACUGAGUAAACCUAAGGAAAAUGCAA